AUGGCCAGGCAGGCGGGGGGCUCUUCCCAGCUCCCGGCUGAAAGUGCCGUAGGCAGAUCCUUAGAGCCCUGGCACGGCCAGGUGGGAGCAGAGACCCCCGGGCAGCCCCGGGGCAGGAGGCAGGAUGGGGACCCCCAGCACACCGAGCAGCCUCGGCGGGGGGUCAGCUGCUGCGUGCCGAGGGGUGUCCCGCUCGGACAAGGAGCUGAGGGCAGCCCCAACCACAGCCUCGCCGGGGCAGAGGGAGCGGGCAGCAGGCCAGCCAGCGCUGGCACUGGUCCCGGCCACCGGCCCUGCCUGUCCUGCCCCUUCACUGUGACUCUGCAAAACGGCGGGGCGGUGGCGAUGACGAUGGCGAUGGCUGGGCCGGGAGGAAGCAGAGGGGCCCGGCUGGGUGCUGUGCUGCUCGGGGCGGAGCGGCAGGCUCGGCUGGCCAGGCAGGAGGAAGGACGAGGCCAGCUCCCGGUGCCAACCAUGGCGGAGGCCGGGGACCAGAGCAUCCACACGCAGCAUAUCUCGGCCGUGCACAACGUGCCCAUGCGCAUCCUCAUCCGGCCCAUCCCCACGCAGCUGGAGCCGGGCAAGGUGCAGAGCCUGGUGGAGACCCUGCAGGAGGAUCCCGAGCGGGUGCCCCCCAUCGACGUGCUCUGGAUCAAGGGCAGCGAGGGGGGGGAUUACUUCUACUCCUUCGGGGGCUGCCACCGCUUCGCCGCCCACAGGGCGCUCAACCGCGACACCAUCCCCGCCAAGAUCAUCCCGUCCACCCUCAGCGACCUCCGCACCUACCUGGGCUCCUCCACGCCCCACCUGCGCUAGCCCGGCGCCCCGG